AUGGCGGCAGAAAAGCUCACAAAGAAGCAGCAGAAGGCUGCACAGUUCAAAGCCGGAAAGAAGGGCAAAGCCGCCGCUCUCGAAGACCACCCCGCUACCCCCGACGAUGUUCCCGAGAACCUUCCUGCCGCUGCCACCGCUGCGGAGGCGUCCACCUCUGCUUCUGCCGCCCCUCCAUCCAAUGCAACAUCCGAUGCAAAAGAGGCGGCUCCAGUAAAAGAAGAGAAGCGAAACAAGAAGCGCAAGCGUCUAGCUGCGGAGGCCGAGGCUCUGGGCAAAGCAGGGAUCACUCCGGAAGAAGUUCCAUCCAAGUCUCAGAGCAAGGAGGAGAGCAAGCCACGAAAGGCGAAAGAAGUCAAGACAGCACAAUCCAAAGCCGAUGCUGCGACGAACGCGAAAAAGACCACGUUCGGUGAAGACGGUGAAGUAGCUUCCGAACAAGCGGUUCAGCCCGAGAUCGCUGCCACCCCAACCGAGACAUCCGCCAAGGGAAGCAAGUUCAUCCUCUUCAUCGGCAACAUGGCCUUCACCACCACAGCAGACUACAUCUCGAAGCAUUUCGGCCAAGCAUGUGGCGAAGCACCCACCGUCCGACUCCUCACGCGCAAAGCUGACCCGAACGCACUCGCCUCGCUCCCCGCCUCGAAGCGCAAGUCGAUCGCAAAGGGCAAAGCGCAAGACCCCACCAAACCGCAAUCCAAAGGCUGCGCAUUUGUCGAGUUCAAAUCCAGCGAAGCGCUGCGCAAAGCGCUCAAGUUCCACCAUACCAUGCUCGAGGGGCGCAAGAUCAACGUCGAGCUCACAGCGGGCGGCGGUGGCAAGUCUGAGGCGAGACAGGAAAAAAUCAAGGCGAAGAAUGCUGGGUUGGACAAGGAGCGUCAGAAGCUGCACGGCAAGUAUGUCGCACCCAAAAAUGAGGAGAGGAAACAGCGGGGUAGGCAGGGCAAGGAGGGAGACGAGAGGCCCAACAAGAGGACCAGGCGAGAGGAGGGUGGGGAGGGAGAGGGUGCGGCGUCGUGGGGCAGGAACGGCGGCAAGGAGAGGAAAAUGCCCAGAUUCAUGGCCACUGGAUCCAACGCUGUGCGGGUCGCUCCUACGUCGUAG